CCAUUCCGCGUGCGGGCUCGGCCUUGAGGAUUUAAGCCCCGCGGUGAAGAAGAAAGUCUUUUUCCUAACAGGGACUUUACAGCGCGUGGAGGGUGCUUUGAGGGACCCACCUCCCUACAACCUCAUACUGCCAUGGCCACCAGCCCCACCAGUGACGGCGGAGACCACAUAACUAAGGCGCUCUGGGCUUCUCAUGAUAAGAUGGUGAUGGAGCCCCUGGACACCAACGACCCAGAGGUGCACGACAUCAUCAAAAAGGAGAAGCGUCGGCAGAGGCUGGGCCUGGAGCUAAUCGCGUCGGAGAACUUUGCCAGCCGAGCUGUCCUGGAGGCCCUGGGCUCCUGCCUCAACAACAAAUAUUCGGAGGGAUACCCAGGGCAAAGAUACUACGGCGGGACGGAAUUUGUAGAUGAGCUGGAAAGGCUGUGUCAGAAGAGAGCACUGGAGGCUUAUGGGUUAGACCCCCAGAAAUGGGGAGUCAACGUCCAACCCUACUCAGGGUCUCCUGCAAACUUUGCCGUCUACACUGCGCUAGUGGAGCCCCACGGAAGGAUCAUGGGCUUGGAUUUGCCUGACGGGGGUCACCUGACCCACGGCUUCAUGACAAACAAGAAGAAGAUCUCGGCCACCUCCAUCUUCUUCGAGUCCAUGCCCUACAAAGUUAACCCUGAAACGGGCUACAUUGACUAUGACCGACUGGAGGAAAACGCCCGUUUAUUUCAUCCCAAGCUGAUCAUUGCAGGUGUCAGCUGCUACUCGCGGAACCUGGAGUACGCCCGCAUGCGGAAGAUCGCGGACGAGAAUGGGGCGUACCUGAUGGCUGACAUGGCCCACAUCAGCGGCUUGGUGGCAGCCGGUGUGGUGCCAUCGCCCUUCGAACACUGCGACGUGGUCUCCACCACGACCCACAAAACCUUGCGAGGCUGCCGCGCUGGAAUGAUCUUCUACCGGAAAGGUGCCCGCAGCGUGGAUCCGAAAACUGGGAAGGAAAUCCUCUACAAUCUCGAAAGCCCCAUCAACCAAGCGGUGUUUCCUGGUCUGCAGGGCGGGCCCCACAACCACGCCAUUGCAGGAAUUGCCGUCGCUCUGAAGCAAGCCAUGACUCCGGAAUUUAAAACGUAUCAGAAGCAGGUCGUCGCCAACUGCAAGGCGCUCUCCAAGGCUCUCGUGGGCUUGGGAUACCACAUUGUUACUGGCGGCUCUGACAACCAUUUGAUCCUGGUGGACCUGCGCAGCCGAGGCACGGAUGGGGGACGAGCCGAACGGGUCCUUGAGCUCUGCUCAAUCGCUUGCAACAAGAACACCUGUCCAGGGGACAAAAGUGCUUUGCGCCCCAGCGGCUUGAGACUGGGGACACCGGCUCUUACUUCCAGGGGAUUCUUGGAAAAGGACUUCCAAAAAGUUGCUCACUUCAUUCAUAAAGGUAUCGAACUCACCUUGCAGGUUCAGAAGGACAUGAGCCCCAAAGCGACGCUGAGAGAGUUUAAAGAGAAGCUGGUGUCCGACGGGAACUACCAAGCACCGCUGAAGGCUCUCAAGGAGGAGGUAGAGGCCUUCGCCGACUCCUUUCCGCUCCCUGGCCUGCCGGUGCUAUAAAGGGGUGUUGUGAAGCAGCCAACUCCAGCGGGCACGGAAACCCUGUCCUGGGAUGGCAGAGUGGCCGCCUGGCUCCUCCUCCAGAGCUUCUGUCGCCCUGUCAAGUGGCCCUCGUGCAAACUGGAUCUGGGAGGGACGAAGCCAGGCAUUUCAAAUGCUUCCCCUCCCUCCCUUCUCCUCCUCUUCCUUACUGUUCAUGCAAGCAAAGGCUGCUUUGACAAUUUACUCUUUAACCACCCUCCCCCCCCCCUUUUUUAAUAUGGUGCAAGGAUUACAGAGCUCAGAAGGAAUCCGACACACAUCCAGCAGAGUUUAAAGCCCUCAAUCAGUGGGGUUAUUAUUAACAGUAUUAAUGGACGUCCCUGCAAAAUAGUGUUGAGCAAACGGGUCCCCUCCAGUCCCUGUGGAUUGAAAUCUCAGGUCAAUAAAAUGUAGAAUACAGGAUCAGCCGCUGCCGACAGCGACGUUGGUCGUGAAAAGGAAGUGAGAGGUUGAUACACUGCCGGCGGUGACUUCCAGCUCCACUUAGAUGUGACAGGAGAAGUCAAGCAUGCCAUGAGUAGAGAUGUACGAACUGUGUUAAAUCCCUUCCCUCUCGGUUUCACGGCUUUGCCAGGUGACUUGUGCCAUCAACUCACUGACAGAAUCGGAAUUUUCUGAAUUUCCCAAACUUGCCUUCGCGUUGGAAAGCGCACGUACAAAUCAUCCCCCAAAGCCAACCUGUUGGAUGCGGCUCGUGCUUUAGAUACAGUUCCAAGGCUGCCUUUUUGGCAGGCUGCAGGGAUUUCAAUGAUGUAUCACGAAGGAAGGGCCCGUUUUUCCCUUCAGGGGCCUUUCCCAUAAUAGUUACCUGUGGAAUAGCAACUGACGCACGUUUUCCUUGCCGCCAUGCCAAAGAAUGAGUGGGGUUUAAGCAAACCAUCUCAGGUCUCCUUUUUUGUAAAAGCAACAGCACAGAUUACCGCAGGAAAGCAAGAUUUGGUCUCUUCUAAUCGAUCGUGUGUCCUGCUGAGCUGCACCGUUUUGCAUUCUCCAGUUCUCUCCCCCCGACCCCGACAAAUGAGCCAAGAAGCAUAGUCAGGACAAUUUUUACUAAGCACAAUAAAAUUAAGAAUUUAACCACAAUAUAUGCCAAGGGUUAUAUAAGCUUUAAAAAAUACAACAAUUUUUUUUUUUUGUAUUUCAAAAAUAUUUGAGCCCAAAUAAAUAAUUUCUUUUUCUAAAUGUA